AUGUGGAAUCUAUUUCAUGUGCAAUUGGGUCACAAUCAUGGGCCAAUGAUUGCACCAUCUGACUUGGAACACCCUCCACCACCUGAUUCUAAGCCAACAACUUCAAGCAUCAUCAAAGCUACUGACAUCAAUAGUGUAGGACAAUCUCUCACCCCUGCUUGCCAUGCGUUCAACUAUUCGGGUUUGAAUAACAAGGAACUUAACCUUGCCCUCCAAUUCUUGAAUGACAGUCGCUUACAAGACCGAGUAGGGGAUUUGAUUUUGGGAGGCGCGAAUGACACAAACAUGAAGAAGACCAUAACCAUCAAUAAUGUGAUCCAAGACUUUGAAGACGAGCCUGUGCCUAAAGAUAAAGGAGUUCAAGCACCAAUUGGGGUAGCGGAAGCCAAUUCUUGUGCUGAUGCAAACAUUGCAAGUAUCACAAAUUUGGUCUCCAAGCAAGCAUCUACAAGCGCUUUGAUUGAUGAUAGAGCACCUAUCAAGAAAAAUAAGAAGCAAUUGAUGGAUGAUAGAGCACCUAUCAAGAAAGUAGUUGCUUAUCAUCUGACACAAAACUCACAUGUGAAAUUGAGAAAAAAUAUUAGUAAUGGGAUCUUUUCAUGGGUGUUUGGAUAUUUUGAGGCUCAAUGA